AAGAUCCGUCGUCCAAAAUUCACGGAUUCGUAGAAGUCACCGUCAUCACACAACUGUCUCUCUCUCGUGAAAGUAAUGGCCACUCAAUUGCUUCCCAUUCAUUUGCUUUGCUCUCACUAAAAGACGAACACUACCCUCCUUUUCUUCUACUCACUUUAUUACUAUUCCAAUAAAAAAUCUCUCGUACAAUCUAAGAUAUUCUUUGAGUCCUUUUUGUAUUUUUCCUUCAGAGGAAGAGAACCGCCGCUUUUUUAAUUCCUUUUCUCAUCUUCUUUAACAAAUUCAUCCUCUUCAGAAUUGGAUACUUCAUUGGACUAAAGGUUUUCUGUAAGGUGUGUCUAGACUUAGUACAAGCAUUAAAUUUUAAUCAGCUCAGAAUUCAAAUAUUGAUAGAAUUUGCCCGUUUUACUGAAGAUUUUGAGGAGUUCCUCUCCAAUUUAAUAUGGUGAAUUUGGGGUUGUUUACUGGGAACAAGCCUUUGAAGUCAAGGAAGGUGAGCUUCAGAAUCCCAUAUUAUACUCAGUGGGGGCAGCAUCUUCUGAUAUGCGGUUCAGAUGCGUUGCUUGGUUCAUGGAAUGUGAAAAAGGGUCUAUUAUUGAAGCCUUCUCACCAAGGGGAAGAGCUGAUAUGGUCUGGAAGCAUUCCAGUUCCUCCUGGAUUCCAAAGCGAGUACAGUUACUAUGUGGUGGAUGAUACAAGAAAUAUCCUGCGAUGGGAGGUUGGAAAGAAAAGGAAACUGUUGCUGCCUGAUGGGCUUCAGGAUGGACAGUUGUUAGAACUUCAUGAUCUUUGGCAGACUGGUUCUGACAAUAUCCCUUUUAGCAGUGCAUUUAAGGAUGUCAUUUUUGGGAGAAGUUGGAGUUUGGGUGUUGAAAGGCCCUGGGGGAUCACUCAGAAUACGUCUGACCAGGAUGGUUCAGUUCUGCAAUUCAGAAUCUGCUGCCCCUAUUUAGAGGAAGGAACAUCUAUUUAUGUGAUUGGUAGCUCCUUAAAACUUGGGCAAUGGAAGAUUCAGGAUGGCCUUAAGCUCGCGUAUGCUGGUGAUUCAUUUUGGCAGGCAGAUUGCAUUAUGGGAAAAGAUGACUUUCCUUUAAAAUACAAAUAUUGUAAAUACGGUAAGGCUGGAACCUCAGUGGAAUGUGGUGCAAGUCGAGAGCUUUUUGUUGAUGUUGCAACAGGUGAAUCUAGAUUUGUACUUCUUUCAGAUGGCUUAAUGCGGGAAAUGCCUUGGAGGGGUGCGGGUGUCGCAAUACCCAUGUUUUCUGUACGAUCAGAGGCUGAUCUUGGAGUUGGGGAGUUUCUUGACCUGAAGUUACUUGUAGAUUGGGCCGUUGAAUCUGGCUUUCAUUUGGUUCAGCUUUUGCCCAUCAAUGAUACAUCAGUCAACUGUAUGUGGUGGGAUUCUUAUCCAUAUAGGUAAUUUUCACUCUUAAAAUUUUAGAUUU